UCACAUUCUGAAUCAUUAUUAUUAUCUUCCAGAGUUAAUUUAGCACUCUCUUUCGGGAUUGAUUCAGCACUCUCUUCCAGGAUUAAUUCAGCACUCUCUUCCAAGAUUAAUUCAGUACUUUCUUACUCUUCUUCAACACCAAUUCUUAUAUCUUUCUCAUUUAACAUUUUCUCAAAAUCAAAAAUUGCAUUAUUUUCGGAGCUAUCUGUUUCUGUAGAUAUUCUACAGCAUUUGAGGAACGUCAUAUCAUUGUAG